AAUGUAACCAGUGCAAUCUGCUUGCUUGAGUUUGGAAGCUUGUCCCUUACUUCAGAGCUUCAGCCAGUUACCUCCAGGAGUCAGGAGGAACAUUUUUCCCAAUGAACAAUUAGUUAAAUGUAUUUUGGGUGGUUUAUUUUGCCUUCCUCUGAUGCAUCGGUGACUGACCACGGUUGGAGACAGGACAUUGGAUGGGGCGGAUCAGAACUCUGAGAUGGUACAGAGAAUCCUCUGGCUUAGAUGUCGGGCUGCUGUGCCUUGUUCAUCUGCUCAGGGUCAAACUGAUUGCCAGAUUUGGGGUUGGGAAGGAAGGACCUAAAUCACAGCCCAGGCCUGUGCAUGCUGGAAACAAUGUUGCCUCAGUUACUAAAGACUGUAUUCCUCUGAAAGAUGGGAACUAUAUUCCUCAGGAUGACAGGGACUGCGUCCCCCCAGACUUUGACGACUGUGUCCCCCCAGACUUUGACGACUGUGUUCCUCCAGACUUUGACAACUUCAUCCCUCCAGCCUUUGACAACUGUGCUCCUCCAGACUUUGACAACUUAAUCCCCCCAGCCUUUGACAACUGUGCUCCUCCAGCCUUUGACAACUGUGUUCCUCCAGACUUUGACAACUGCAUCCCCCCAGACUUCGAUGACUGUGAUCCCUCAGAAUAUGAUGACUGUGGUCUCCCAACAUUCAAUGAUUCUGGUCCUAUAGAUGGCAGGAACUAUACUCCUGUGGUCAAUGGGGACCAUAUUCCUCUGGAUUUUGGGGAUUAAGUCCCUCUGGACAUUGAAGACUAAGUUGAAAGAUGGAGCUGAAUGAAGGGAGCAAGCCAGGGUUCUACUGCCAGCAGAGAUUGAAACAAAAUUUCCGGAGGACAUAUCUGAAGAUCUUCACAUUAGAUUUUGCCAGGUCAUAUGUAGCAUGUGCCUGUUGAUGGUAUAACUGUAAAAUCUGACUGUUGGAUCCACAUGUUGUCUCUCAUCUGGUGAUGAGCCAACCUCCAAAUUCUGGAUUAUCCAAAUUCUGUAAUGCUUAUCCAUUCCUUAUUCAAGUUAUCCAAACCUCUUUGAGUCUGAAGAAUUGGGCUGGUAAGCUUAAGAGAACCCAUCAUCUAUAGCACUUUAGUUUGCAGUCAUGGAUGUAAACACAGAGAAAGGAGCUUUGCUCGUUAUAUUUCAGCACUUCCAGCUCGGAGCCCGGUUGCAUACCAAACACAGAAAAUAAAUUCAUAUUUUUUGGAAUCUCAAAAAAAGGUUUGAUUUUGCUUUUGUUUCUAAAAACAAGGAAUGGUUUAGAGACGAGAAGGAUUUCCUAGUUUUCUGGACCUAUGUGCUUAGCCCUAGUCUCGACACCAGUCUUCUUUUCUGCUUAAUCCACAGGUGAAUGUGCGAAGAGGGGAAUAUCAAAGUCAAGAUGCCCCAUCUCAGUGGAUCUGAUUGCUUGGUGUUGCUGCUAGCAUGGCAUUUCGGGCCAAAUAGGCUGUAGUUUAAUGUAGUGAAGUUAGACAGAGGUUUAUCUCAUGAGUUGGUUUGUUUAACUGUAUGAACAGUAUAUCUGGUAAUUUAUUCUACUAAAGUCACAUUAAAAAGGAAGCUACAUUGAACUUGUGCCUGGCUAGAGGCUGAACACAUGGUUAUUUUGACAAAAAAACCAUUGAAUUGCUAGCAAAUUGUCUGAAUUUUAAGCAUAUACUGUUGAACUUGUGAUAAUUUACAUCCUUAAUAAUUUGAAACUGUAUUUCUUGAGCUUCUUAGAGUGUAAUAACACCUCUGUUAAAGAUGUGUAAUUUUUAUUAUAAUAAAGCUUUUCACUUUUAUUUUGUAGUGUGGUGUAUGUGCCGGUUAUUAAAGUGUUAAUUUGUUUUUUAGAUGGCAACAGAAACAAUGUCAUGUCCUUUUGGGUAGGAC